CUUUGUUGCACAAUGGACGACGCCAUCGCCCAAGCUCUUGAGGCCGGCCACCAGGUCGACGUGGAGCCCGCCAUCGUGGGCGCGCGGGACCGCGAUCGCAACACGGCCUUGCACCUCGCGGCGAAGGCUGGACACGUGGGUAAUCUGGCGACGCUCCUCGAAUUACCAUGGCCCUCGCUGGACGUCGCCAACCAGCAAGGCUUGACGCCGCUGCACAUUGCGGCGACCAGAGGACACGCGCCCCUCGUCUCAUUGCUACUCGACCACGGCGCCGACAUUGACUUUGCCACGAACAGUCAACAAACCGCCCUUUUCAUGGCCGUCGCGCACGCGCGUGUUGACGUCGUCGAGCUUUUGCUACGCUUUGACGCCAACCCGAAUGCGCCCAAUAAGAACGGAGAAACACCGCUGUUUGCGCUUGUGAAGAGAGGCCCGCGGGAGGAGAACGAGUUGAUCUGGAGCCUCCUCCUGUUGAGUGGCACCGCGAACGUCGACCAUCGCAACAAGGAGGGUCGUUCACUGCUGUCGACAGCGAUUCACACUGGAAAUCGCCAUGAACGCAUGGUGUCGCUCGUCCUCUCGAUGCAACCGUCCGCACCGGUGGUAUCCGAGGCGCUGUGGUACGCGACGCCGUAUCCCAACCUCCUCGAGCUACUUCUUGCAGCUGGCGCGGACCCCAACUCGUUGAACGAUUACCGCUCCACGCCGCUGCACGAUGCGAUCCGCGGCCAGCUCCUUGCGUCUGCGCACAUGCUAAUUCCCGUGACGAACCUCAACGUCUUCGACGUGAUGGGGCAGUCACCACUCACACUCGCCGUCGACAUGCAUGUGUACGACGUGGAUUUCGUGCGCGGCUUGCUGCAGCACGGCGCCGACCCUCGUUUGGCAGCUGACGACUCGGUCUACAGCACACCGCUGUACAUCGCCAUCAACGCGGAGAGCGCAGCGAUUGUCGCGCUUCUCGCGCCGCUCGUGGAGCUCAACACCUUGGGACCGAUGUACUGUGUUCGCGCGCUGUACAGCUCUGAGAUCCUUGCGUCGCUUCUCGACGCCGGCGCAGACCCAAACGCCCGUUUGGAGGACGGCCGGUCGCUGCUCCACGAGGCAUGCAGCCGCGGGCUCCUUCCAGCCGUCGAGCUUCUCGUGCACCGCGCUGGCGACGUCGCGGCGUAUCGCCAUAACGGCCAGUCGUAUCUGGACAUUACUCGAUCCAGUAGCCAUCGCCACAUCGUCAGAUUUCUUCUCCAGACCAGCUUUUCCACAAGUGCUCUUAAGACGCGCGAUGUCUUUUGGCUGCCCGACACCGCGCUGGAAGCCGCGUACACGCUCCUUUGGUGCGGAUUUGGUGCCGCCAAGCCGCUUGCGUACACGCAGGUCGAGCUGGCGUACAUGAAUGCGCUGUGCCAUGCACUCAACCAGCCGCACCGGUUGGCUUCUGCGCCACAUGACCUUCUCACGGAGGAGCUCGCGCUGCUUCAGACGCACUGUGUGACGCCGCUGGGCUUUGUGCCCAACACAGCGUACGGUGUCAGCCACUGUGACGACGUCGACGUCGCCGCUAUCGCGUCGGCGUUGGCACCGCUUUUGGCAGCUGCGCCUCAUGACGCGGCGCGGCACGUGCAUGACGUUCUCGAUCCAAACAUGUACUGCGUCGUGGCCAACCACACGCACUUCAGCGUAUCGCCCCACGACGGUCGGGCAAGUGCCGCGCAGCACGUCGCAUCGUGUGCCUCUCCAGCCUCUCGACACGUCUCGGCAACGCACCAGUGGCUGCCGACGCCGAUGGCCUACGAUAAGGUCUCGGGCGCCGCGAGAUUUGAGGCAUACGUCAACAAUGUCAACAGCGUCGACUUGGUUGCGAGCCUCGAAGGCGUCGUUGCGCGCAUGGUGCCGUUGCUCCGGUAUGCGCAAAAGGCGGCAAAUCCAACGGCCUAUCCGAGUCCGCGAGUGCAAGACUUGUCGCUGCCGUACGACACAAAGGCCUUGCUGCGGCAGCUCUACCGAGUGCAGCACAACUUGGGGCCUCGGGACGUGAUCACCAAGGCGCAGCAGCGCGCCUUCCGAGACGAGCUCGCCGCGAACAACGUCGAUUUCGAUCCAUUCUGGCCGGAAGUACCCCCCGUCUUGCCAGAGCACGUGCACGAAGGCUGCCUCCAAAACGAGUUUGCUCCGUUGCUCGAGCGUGACAACGACGAAGACUCUCGACUUUUGGUUGUGUGCCAAGUCCAGUCGUAUGCCGUGUCGCCAGAAGCGCCGACGCAUCCUGGUCAACAUCUCUGGCAGCUCGGCUCGGGCCUCGCUAACGAUGCGAUCGUUGCCACAGGGAUGCUCGUCGUGGCCUCCGAGAACAUUUCGCUGCCGACCAUCGAGUGCCAACAGACGUUUGGGCGAACCAACGUGCGCAUGACGGGCGACGGCCGCGAGGUGUUUUGCCCCGAGCGCCACGCAUUGCAGACGCAGACAACGGGCUUUGUGCACCUGCAUCCGCGCCGGCUCGUCGUGGUCCCGAGCGCCGUGCAGCACCGACUCUUGCCUUUUCACGCGCAGGACGCGAUGCAAACAGGUCAGCUGACGCUGCUGCGCGUCUACUUCGUGCACUCGGACGUUGACGUGCUCUCGACGGCUUACGUGUUUCCGCAGCAGCGCGCCUUGUUUCUCGACGCCCUCAAAGGCACGCGCUUGGCCAAGGUUCCCGACAGCCUCUUGCGCGUGAUUGAAGCGUUCGUGGGUCUGGCCUUUCUCGACGCAGCAACGGCGGACGCCAUUGCGGUCUGCGCCAAAGCCGAGCGCGACGAAAGCCUCGCGCACACGACGCAUAUUGAUUUUGAUGAAUAGUAGUACUAAGCUGCUUAUACACUCGCACAAGAAUGAGCGAUAGACCUAAGAGACACUUUGGUCCAUGAAAAUGAUCUACGAGCCAACGGUAUUGCCCAACAACCGAGUCGCGGCAG